AUGGCUUCUUCGAUGGACUUCCUCAAGGCUUGCGAGAACCGCAGAACCAUCUACCAAAUCACCAACAAGAUCCCCAUCUCUGAUGCCCGCGUUGAGGAGAUCGCCAGACACAACGUCCUUCACGUUCCCAGCAGUUUCAACUCCCAGUCUACUCGUAUUGUCGUCUUGCUCAACGAUGAGCACAAGCAGUUCUGGGAGUUUGUUAAGGAGGUCUUGAAGCCUCAGGUCCCUGAGGAGCAGUUCCCUCAAACUGAGAAGAAGCUUGAUGGCUUCAAGGCUGGUCACGGCACUAUUCUCUUCUUGAACGACCCCAACCCUGUCAAGAAGCUCCAGUCUCAGUUCGCUCUCUACGCUCAGCACUUCCCUGGCUGGGCUACUCAAUCCAAUGCCAUGGCUCAAUACCACCUUUGGACUGCUCUCGAGGCCGAAGGCUGUGCUUGCAACCUUCAGCACUACAACCCCAUCAUCGACCAAAAGGCAAAGGGCCACUGGAACAUUCCCCAAGAGUGGGAGCUUCAAGCCCAGCUUGUAUUCGGUGGUUACGCAGAGGGCGCCCGUGAGGCUGUCGACAAGGGUGGCAAGCAGCAGCAGCCCAUCGAGGAGAGACUCUUCAUCCACGGCGCCAAGAACUAA